GUUAACGCCUCUCCUGGGUGCUCUCAAGGCCUGGGAGCCUUUCCAAGGGCUUUUCAUUAGUGCUGCCUGUGGCCGUGGCCGGGCCAGGAGCUGGCAGGGAACAAGGGGCCUCCAGAUGGGCACCUCCCACAUCAGGAUGUGGGGCAGGCAGGACAUUGUGUGGGCGAGGAGAUCUCCGGGAUGGGUGGAAGCGGGGACGCAGCCGCUGCCCAGGGCCCCAUGCGGGACUCUGGUCUCUGCCACGCGUCUCCCAACUGCAGCACGUGGCCCUGAUUGGUGUAAAGUCUGAGUGUUAUCACCCACCCCAGCCCGGGGGCUCAUAAAAUCAGGCAGCGAAGCAGCCGGUGCCGCUGCUGCUGCCCGCGUUCUGCCAGUGCCAUGGGCUACGUGUCCUUCGUGAGGAGGAUCCGAGCGCUGCUCAGCAUCCAGAACCAGCUGGCACGAGAGUGCCUGGCUGAGCUGCUGGCUGUCUUUGUGCUCAUUCUGAUCACGCUGGGCGGUGCAGCACAGAUGAUCACCAGCUCCGGGACCAAAGGGGACAUCGUCACCUCCUCGCUGGCGGGCGCCCUGGCCGUCAUGGUGGCCAUCCACACGGCGGGGGGGGUCUCUGGGGCUCACCUGAACCCGGCUUUCUCCCUCUCCAUGUCCCUGCUGGGGCAGCUCCCGUGGUGGAAGUUCCCCAUCUUUGUGGCCGUGCAGACCUUCGGGUCCUUCGUCGCCGCCGCAGCCGUCUAUGCUCUGUAUUACGAUGCCAUCUGGUCCUACAGCAACGGGACCCUCACCGUCUCCGGGCCGCGGGAGACGGCCUCCAUCUUCGCCACGUACCCCUCCGAGCACCUCUCCCUUCCCAACGGCUUCCUGGACCAGGUUCUGGGCACGGCGGUGCUGAUCGUGGGCAUCCUGGCCAUCACCGACACCCGCAACCGCGCCGUCCCGCGAGGCCUGGAGCCGCUGACCGUGGCGCUGUUGGUGCUCGCCAUCGAGGUGUCCAUGGGCUUCAACUGCGGCAGCCCCAUGAACCCCGCACGGGACUUUGGCCCGCGGCUCUUCACGUUGGCAGCAGGAUGGGGCACCGAGGUGUUCAGCAGGGGCAGCUCGUGGUGGUGGGUGCCGGUGGUGGCCCCGCUGGUGGGGGCCGCGCUGGGCACGGGGCUCUAUCAGCUCUUCGUGGCCUUCCACCACCCCGAGGAAGAGGAGGAGGAAGCGGGGCGAGCACGCAGGCAAACCAAGCACUGACGGCGCCGAGCGCCGGGGAUGAACCCAUUAAAGAGCCAAGCCGCCGCCGCCGCGUGUCCGUGCCGUGGGGCGGCGGGGCUGGGAGGGGGGGCUGGGG